AUGGCGUCAACACGGAACUGGAAGGAUGGAGAGAUAGCCUUUCUCAAAGGUGUCGACCAGUUCAACCACACUGAAUACCGUUCCUUAAUCGCAAGCGGCUACAUGCGUGAAGCUACGACUCAACACCCAGUCAUCGUCCUGGAGCACUCUAGUGACUACCAGCACUACUUAAUCACCACGGUCUCAGCCUACGGCUCCAGCCGAGAAAAUUCCUACCUCGCGCCAUGGCGGCAGGCAUGCCACCGCCGAAAGUGUCGCGAGUCUUUCCGCGCGUUCUUCGGCUCAGAAAAACCAUCAGAAGAGCACGAUUAUCUCUGGCUCGAGCCCGGACAGCAGUUCCCAAAGCCCAAGACCUCCUGGGUGUACAUCCGCCUCUGCUUUGUCGUACCCGCAUCCACACUUACGCGCUUCGACAAGACACCGACCCAGCUACGCGUGACGCAGGAGAGCCUCAAGGCUCUCCUCCGGGACAUGAGAAAACUCAGGGGUUUCGACAAGCGGUGGACGGACCCCAGGCAUUUCCGACUCUUCAAACUCAAGCAUGGAGACCACCCGGCGCUGGGAAAGGCCGUGGAGACCGUGCCCAGCACCAACCACUAA